AUGAACACGAAGGACGAAGAAUCAAAGACAAACUUAAUUGUCAACUAUCUUCCACAAAAUAUGUCGCAAGAUGAAAUCAGGUCUCUCUUCUCUAGCGUUGGUGAAAUCGAAAAUUGCAAACUCAUCAGAGAUAAAGCAACCGGUACGUUAUUUUUGAACAUGAUACGAAAUGCUUUGAAAUUGUCUGUAUCAUUUCUUGGUUAUGGGUUUGUUAAUUACAAAUUGACUGAGCAUGCAAGAAAAGCCAUGGACACUCUCAACGGACUGAGACUGCAAAACAAAACUAUUAAGGUGUCGUAUGCCCGUCCAAGCAGCGAAAGCAUUAAGGGAGCAAAUUUGUACGUAUGCGGUUUUCCGAAGAAUAUGACUCAACAAGAACUAGAGUGUCUAUUUUCAUCUUGUGGAAGCAUCAUCAGCGCCAGGAUCAUUUAUGAUAAUAGUACAGGCAUAUCAAAAGGAGUUGGCUUCGUGAGAUUCGACAGACGUCACGAAGCAGAAAGAGCCAUCAACCAACUAAACGGAAUCAUCCCAGUCGGUGGAUCGGAGCCUAUUACCGUCAAGUUUGCGAAUUCACCAUCUACUGUUAAAGGAGACCUCACAUUGCCAGCUAGUUUGGCUCCUUUCUUGGCUCCAUCAAGAAGACUUUUCAACUCUAUACAUGGAGCAACGCAGUCAGGAAGAUUAAGGUUUAGUGAUGGUACGUCCAUGAAUUUACCAAGCAAUUUGUUGUCAGCGGCAUGCAGCAGUCUCGGGGGACCGGGCUUUUGCUUGUUUGUUUACAAUCUUGCUCCCGAAACAGAAGAAAAUGUUUUAUGGCAACUGUUUGGACCCUUUGGAGCAGUUCAAAAUGUCAAGGUCAUGAGGGACUUGGCCACACAAAAAUGCAAAGGAUAUGGUUUUGUGACAAUGACAAAUUAUGACGAGGCCCUGACCGCAAUUGCUGCCGUGCAUGGAUAUCAGCUGGCAGGAAGAAUACUACAGGUUUAA